AUGGAAGCAACCCAAGCAUUCUUCGUAGAUGAAUGGAUACAGAAGAUGCGGCAUAUAUGCAUAAUGGAAUUUUCCUCAAAAUUUGCAGAAACACUUAGUGAAAUUUUUGACUUUAUAGAAAGGAAGAAGAUCGCUUCCUUAGACCUGGGCCUACGAGAUGUCUGUCAUUGUUGCCAGCUAGCUAUAGGCAAGCCAUCAAAAUUGAAAAUACCUGGACGAGCUCCUGCUUGGCUUCUAAAAAGAUAUUUGAGCUCCCAAAAUAGGAUUCAGAGGCUCAGCAAAGACCAACAAAGACAGCUAUCAGAAACCGGUGAGAAGCCAAUCCACGAAAUAAUUCAGCCCAAGAGCACUGAUUUGUAUGGAAACUGUUUCAAAGUGACAUCCUUCAAGUGUCCUUUGAGCACACAGACUCUGAGUUGGACUGAGAAGGCAAGGAUACCAACAGAAGAUCUGCAUCACAACCUUAAAAGCAAAAUGAAAGAAUGUACUUCUUUCCAGAGCAAGAAGACUGGCAUAAAUUGGACAGAUGAUGAAAAAAGAAUCUACAGGGAUAAAAAAAUAGCUCAAACUCAAGAAAUAUUGCAGUAUUUGCUCCCUAUCAUGGAAAGUACUAAAAAUGCACAAACCCCUCAGAUGAAACAAAUACUCAACCCAAGAACCAACUGCCAAAUUCAACAUCAACUAAUGCCCGCUACUUACAUAAAUAUAAAGAGAUGCAGCACAUCCUGGACACCACCCAGAAAUCACCCUUUUAUAAGCCAAAGGAAUCUUAUGGUAAGCUCUCCAGAGUGGCUCCAGUCUGUGUCCCAGAGAUCCCUUGAAAGUCUGUCACCUCUCAAAGUGCCCAAGAAGAAAAAACACUCUCGAAUCAAGGCCACAAAGACUAAAGACAUGAAACCUCUCAGCAGCAAAUGGGAGACUAUUCCCUCAAGUUUUGAAAAGGAUGCAGAUAUUAUCAAAGAAAAGAGUCUUCAAGCUGAAGAAUCCAAUGAGCAAAACUCGACGCAAAUAGCUCCACGUCCAACUAAAAAUAGGGAUGAGCAACCAAGUAAGAAUCAUGGGCAGCCCACCUUCUAUUUGAAGUUCCAAAGGGACAAAUAA